AACAAAUGCAAAGAGCUGGAAAAAAAUAUGGUAGAGGAUUCUAAAACUUUAGCAGCAAAGGAAAAAGAGGUUAAAAAGAUAACAGAUGGGCUGAGUGCCCUUCAAGAAGCAAGUAAUAAAGAUGCUGAAGCUUUGGCUGCUGCACAGCAGCACUUCAAUGCUGUUUCCGCUGGCCUGUCCAGUAAUGAAGAUGGAGCAGAAGCAACUCUUGCUGGUCAAAUGAUGGCCUGUAAAAAUGACAUAAGUAAAGUUCAGACAGAAGCCAAACAGGCUCAGAUGAAGUUGAAACAUGCCCAACAAGAAUUAAAGACUAAACAAACAGAAAUUAAGAAGAUGGAUGGUGGCUAUAGGAAGGAUCAAGAAGCUUUAGAAGCUGUGAAGAAACUUAGAGAAAAGCUUGAAGCCGAAAUGAAAAAGCUAAAUUAUGAAGAAAACAAGGAGGAAUGCCUUCUGGAAAGGCGCAGGCAGCUAUCUCGUGAUAUCAGUAGAUUGAAAGAAACAUAUGAAGCUCUCUUGGCCAGAUUUCCCAAUCUUCGAUUUGCCUACAGGGAUCCAGAGAAGAACUGGAAUAGAAAUUGUGUGAAAGGACUUGUAGCUUCACUGAUUAGUGUGAAAGAUACUUCUGCAACCACAGCUUUAGAAUUGGUGGCUGGGGACCGACUCUACAAUGUUGUAGUAGACACAGAGGUUACUGGAAAAAAGCUACUAGAAAAGGGGGAAUUGAAGCGUAGAUACACUAUAAUUCCACUCAAUAAAAUUUCAGCCAGAUGUAUUGCUCCAGAAACUCUGAGGGUUGCUCAGAAUCUUGUUGGCCCUGAUAAUGUUCAUGUGGCUCUUUCCCUGGUUGAAUACAAACCAGAACUUCAGAAAGCAAUGGAAUUUGUCUUUGGAACAACAUUUGUUUGUGACAAUAUGGAUAAUGCAAAAAAGGUAGCUUUCGAUAAAAGGAUAAUGACUAGAACCGUAACUCUAGGAGGUGAUGUAUUUGAUCCUCACGGGACGUUGAGUGGAGGUGCUCGAUCCCAGGCAGCUUCUAUUUUAACCAAGUUUCAAGAACUCAAAGAUGUUCAAGAUGAGCUGAGAAUCAAGGAGAAUGAGCUACAGGCUCUAGAAGAGGAAUUAGCAGGUCUUAAAAACACUGCUGAAAAGUAUCGCCAACUAAAACAGCAGUGGGAGAUGAAAACUGAGGAGGCAGAUUUAUUACAAACCAAGCUUCAGCAAAGCUCAUAUCACAAGCAACAGGAAGAAUUAGAUGCUCUUAAAAAAACCAUUGAGGAAAGUGAGGAGACCUUAAAAAACACCAAAGAAAUUCAAAAAAAAGCAGAAGAAAAAUACGAAGUAUUGGAGAAUAAAAUGAAAAACGCAGAAGCUGAAAGAGAGAGAGAACUGAAGGAUGCACAGAAAAAACUAGAUUGUGCCAAAACUAAAGCAGAUGCUUCUACCAAGAAAAUGAAAGAAAAACAACAGGAAGUUGAAGCUAUCACCCUGGAGCUAGAAGAGCUCAAGAGAGAGCAUGCAUCCAAUGAACAACAGCUUGAAGCUGUAAAUGAAGCUAUCAAAUCCUAUGAAGGUCAGAUUGCAGUAAUGGCAGCUGAGGUGGCUAAAAAUAAGGAGUUAGUAAAUAAAGCUCAAGAAGAGGUGACCAAGCAAAAAGAAGUGAUAACAGCCCAAGACAGCAUAGUUAAAGCUAAAUAUGCAGAAGUAGCAAAACAUAAGGAGCAAAACAAUGAAUCUCAGCUUAAAAUUAAGGAACUGGACCACAACAUCAGCAAACAUAAGCGGGAAGCUGAAGAUGCUGCUGCAAAGGUGUCCAAAAUGUUGAAAGAUUAUGACUGGAUUAAUGCAGAGAAACACCUCUUUGGGCAACCCAAUAGCACCUAUGAUUUCAAAACUAACAACCCAAAAGAAGCUGGUCAGAGACUUCAGAAGUUGCAAGAAAUGAAGGAGAAACUAGGAAGAAAUGUCAACAUGAGAGCUAUGAAUGUACUGACAGAAGCUGAAGAGCGGUAUAAUGACUUGAUGAAGAAGAAGAGAAUUGUAGAAAAUGACAAAUCCAAAAUCCUUGCAACUAUAGAAGACCUUGACCAGAAGAAAAACCAAGCCCUAAAUAUUGCUUGGCAAAAGGUGAACAAGGACUUUGGAUCUAUUUUUUCCACUCUUUUGCCCGGUGCUAAUGCUAUGCUUGCACCACCAGAAGGGCAAAAUGUACUGGAUGGUCUGGAGUUUAAGGUUGCCUUAGGAAAUACUUGGAAAGAAAACCUAACUGAACUUAGUGGUGGUCAGAGGUCUUUAGUGGCUUUGUCAUUAAUACUGUCCAUGCUCCUCUUCAAACCUGCCCCAAUUUACAUCCUGGAUGAGGUAGAUGCAGCCUUGGAUCUUUCUCAUACUCAGAAUAUUGGACAGAUGCUACGUACUCAUUUCACACAUUCUCAGUUCAUUGUGGUGUCCCUAAAGGAAGGUAUGUUCAACAAUGCAAACGUCCUUUUCAAAACCAAGUUUGUGGAUGGUGUUUCUACAGUAGCCAGAUUUACUCAGUGUCAAAAUGGAAAAGUUCCAAAGGAAACCAAAUCCAAGGCAAAAGGACCCAAAUGAUCACAUAUGGAAGUUAAAAGUACAAAUUUAUUCUUUCACCUUGACCUAUUUUUUAAACAUAAAAACUUUUUAAGAACUUGGGAUUGAUGUAAUUUGUUCAUAUAAAAAAUUUAGUAUCAUUUUGUUACCUAACCCAUUUUCUCUUCCUUUAUA